GGCUGUACGCCUUAAACACCCUCCCGCACGCAGCAUCAAAGCACCACCACCCACCCACCCCAACCCGCGCGCCCGCUGUUCGACACCUUCUCAUCCUCCUCUCUCCGCUUUGCUGCUCGGUCAAAGCGCGACCACGCCAGCCUCCGCCCAACAACCCCCGACCUCGCUCAUACCCCAUCACACAACCUCAGACGUCACGGCUCCGACCGAGAUACACGCUCCUUUCUAUCCGACAACUCGCCCUGCGCUCUAAUCUACAAUGGAGGGCCCCAACCAGAACGACGAGCUCUACCCCAUCGCCGUGCUGAUUGACGAGUUGAAGCACGAUGACGUCCUCCUACGGCUGAACGCGAUCCGCCGUCUCUCCACCAUUGCUCUGGCCCUUGGAGCAGAGCGCACGAGGGACGAACUCAUCCCCUUCCUGGACGAAAGCGUUGAGGAUGAGGAUGAGGUCCUCACUGCUCUGAGCGAAGAGCUUGGCAACUUCGUGGAAUAUGUCGGCGGCCCGGAGUUCGGCCACGUGCUGAUCUCUCCUCUGGAGAACCUGGCGGGCAUCGAGGAGCCUCUGGUCCGGGAGAAGGCUGUGGAAUCCCUGAACAAGGUCUGCGAGGAGCUCAGCCCUCAGCAGGUUGAAGAAUACUUUGUUCCGCUGACAAUCCGCCUCUCCACCGCCGACUGGUUUACCUCCAAAAUCUCUGCCACCGGCCUCUACGUCAGCCCGUACUCUAGGGCCUCUGCUCAGGCCCAGGAGUCCCUGAGACAGCACUUCGGCAAACUCGUUCACGAUGACACGCCCAUGGUCCGGAGACAGGCGGCAAACAACCUGGCAAAGUUCGUUAAGAGCGGCAUGCCUCCUCAGACCGUCAUUGAGGAUAUGAUUCCGUUGUUCCAGCGCCUGACAAACGAUGACCAAGACAGCGUCAGGCUGCUCACUGUGGACAUUCUCAUUGCUAUCGCGGAGGUUGUUCCCAAGGAGGAGCAAACCAGUCACGGUGUUCUUCUCGCGGCGUUGAGGCAUCUGUUCGAGGACAAGAGCUGGAGAGUGCGCUACAUGGUCGCUGACCGCUUCGAGAAGAUUGCCAAGGCCGUCGAGGAAGAGUUGAUCAGCAGGGAUCUCGUUCCCGCCUUUGUCAAGCUUGUCAAGGAUACCGAAGCGGAGGUCCGCAGUGCCAUUGCGGGACAGAUUCCCGGAUUCUGCAAGCUUCUGCCUAAGGAGACUCUUAUUCAGGAGAUAAUGCCUAACAUUGAAGAACUGGUCUCGGACUCUUCCCAGCACGUUCGCGCUGCUCUUGGCAGCCAGAUCAGUGGUCUGGCGCCGAUCCUUGGCAAGGACGAGACUAUCACCCACCUCCUCCCUAUGUUCCUUCAGAUGCUCAAGGAUGAAUUCCCUGAUGUCCGUCUGAACAUCAUUUCUAAGCUGGAGCAGGUUAACGACGUCAUCGGCAUUGAGCUUCUGUCCCAGUCCCUCCUUCCCGCUAUUGUCCAGCUUGCUGAGGACAAGCAAUGGCGUGUGCGUCUUGCCAUUAUUGAAUACGUUCCUCUCCUUGCCAGCCAACUGGGCGUCAAGUUUUUCGAUGAGAAGCUUAGCAGCCUGUGCAUGAGCUGGCUCGGCGACACCGUCUUCUCUAUUCGUGAGGCUUCGACGCAAAACCUGAAGAAGCUCACUGAGGUCUUCGGUGUUGAUUGGGCCAACGACGCCAUCGUGCCCAAGGUCAUGGCUAUGGGUGCUCACCCCAACUACCUCUACCGCAUGACUACCUGCUUCGCCAUUUCCACCCUUGCUCCUGCCCUGAGCCUUAACGUCAUCGAAGCGUCUAUCCUGCCUAUGAUGGAGAAGCUCGUCGAGGACCGCAUUCCCAACAUUCGUUUCAACGUCGCCAAGUCAUACGAAGUUCUGAUCAGCGUCCUGAAGCGUCUGCCCGAGACCGGCACCAUCGUCGAGCUUGAGAAGGCCGGUGAAACGCCCACGCAGGGUGCGCAGCGCGGUAACGACUUGAUCCAGAACCAGAUCCUGCCCAACUUGGAGAAGCUGCAGCAGGAUGAUGACGUCGAUGUCCGGUAUUUCGCUACGACGGCUGCGAACAGCUUCACGGAUGCCAUGAACACCGAGCCUUAAAUUGGUGUGGUCAACGAUAGAAAUGACUGGCGAGGUUCACUUCGUAGCCUGGAUACAGACACACCAGAGGGUUCCUCCCGCGUUUGUUGUGUAUUGCGGGAGGACCGACUACCUAAUCAAGCAAUGGCUUAUGGCACAGCAUCGGAAGAAGGGGCAGACGAAUAGACGUGCGAAUGGGACCGAUCGGUAGUGUCUUCGGGAGGUGUCGUCUGGCUGCGUCUCCACCCGUGCAUGAUGGCAUGCGUAUCCCCUGCGGUUACCAAAAUCUUCUAUUAAACGGAAAUUCAUGUGC